CGCAUUCAAGGCUCAUUAUCCAGAAUAUGUCAAUGUACAAAUGUUCUGAUCUCUCAAGUAGCAAACAACAAAUAAGCAAAAUCAUAGUAGUAACACUAAUGGCAAUGGCAGUCCAUUGAUAGCUUGCUUUUCUUUUUGGAGUGUUCGGAUUGAAAGCAAUUUUGUUUUUUAAUUUUCAUGGAUUACGAAAGAAUCCAAAAGCCUCAGGGAGGAGGUGGAUUUUCGCCUUCCAAGCUUAGGAUUAUAGGAGUAGAGAAGAAAAGAAAACAAGAAGAACAAGAACAAGAAGCUGAAUCUUCAAUAGAUGAUACAGGGGAAAUUGGUUCUGAUAGUUUCAAAGAUGUAGACGUGGUUAGUGUGCUUCCAGAAUGUUCCACCACCACGACGGCUGAUUCGAUGGCUGCUCUGCAGAAUGGCGGUGAACGUAGCUUAAAGGAUCAUUCUUUAGGCAAUACCCGGAACCGGUUCAUUGAGGAUCAUCCUGGUUUAAAUUAUGAUAAUGGACAUGACGAUAUGACUGUAUCCUCAUCGAUCUUUGAGUUUCAGAAGACUGAGCGGGCACCACAAAGAGUUCCAGUCGGGCCUUUUUCUAAACCAGGGCCAUCUAAAUGGGAUGAUGCUCAGAAAUGGAUAGCUAGCCCCACUGCAAAUCGGCUGAAGACGGUGCAGGGAGGACAAGGAGUGGGAUCAAGAAAGGGUGGUAAUUUUGGUUAUGGGAGACAAUCAUCUACUAAGGUGGUUGUUGAAGUUCCAGAUAACAGGAUGGUUGCUUUUGAAGAACCGGAUACUAAAUGCAUUGAUGUGAAUCACUCAAAGAAGGAUAAUGGGUUGCAGAAAUUUGUAAAUUGGGAGUGUGAUCCAUUCCCAAUUUUGGAUUCAUAUGGGGAGCCUGUACUAAAGAUUGAGAACUCUGUUGCAGAGUCAGCAAUUAGUCUUAGCCAGCAUGAUUCAUCAAUGUCUGUACAUGGUGCUACAACAUUUAUUCCUCCUCUUUCAACAGCUAGAUCAGUAUCCAUGAGAGAUAUGGGCACAGAAAUGACACCUAUUGCUAGCCAAGAACCUUUGAGAACAGAAACUCCUGUGCGGCCAACAACACUGAUUCGCAGCCCAAAUUCUUCCAGGCCAUCAACUCCCAGCAGAGCUGUGCCAUCUUCAUCACCUGCAAAUCCACCUUAUGACCACUUAGAUCUGAACAUGGUGUUGUUGGAGAAAGAGCUACAAAUGAAAAUAAGGAGAGAAAUUAUGGUUCUUGGGGCCCAGUUGGGUAAAACAAACAUAGCUGCAUGGGCUAGCAAAGAGGAGGAGGAUAAGGAUGCAUCCACUUCACUGAAAACUGUAGCACCAGAACAACCAACUAAAAGUGUCAUUGAAGCCCGUGCAGCAGCAUGGGAGGAGGCAGAGAAAGCCAAGUAUUUGGCCAGGUUCAAACGUGAAGAAAUGAAAAUUCAAGCAUGGGAGAACCAUCGAAAAGCAAAAACUGAAGCUGAGAUGAGGAAAAUUGAGGUUGAGGUUGAAAGGAUGAGGGGGCGUGCUCACGAUAAGCUCAAGAAUAAGCUAGCAACUGCAAGGUACAAGGCAGAAGAGAAGCGUGCGGCAGCCGAAGCCAGAAGAAACCAACAAGCUGCAAAAACCGAGCAGCAAGCAGAAUAUAUUCGAAGAACUGGACACAUCCCAUAUUUUCACUGCUGGAGUUGCUGCUUCUGAAUUCAGAUUUUUCUACCAGAUUAAUCUGCUCUACCCACAAAGCUUUUUUGCACUUCCCAGCUUCCAUGAAAAGUUUCUGUUUGGCUCUUCCAUGUCAUGCUGUUUCCAGGCAUUCAGCACUUCGUACACAUGUAUAUUGAAAUAUCAUACUCCUCUGCACUCCCACUGUAAAGCUAAGCUUUUGUGGCAACCCUGAUAAACCUCCACCCAUCCACUCCCAAAGAAAAGAAAGAAUUCCUGAUGGGAAGAAGAUUAUGCUAAUUGAAAUUUAAAAAUUUUAGGAAUUUGUUGUA